CGCAAUUCAAUUAUCAUCACCAUCAAAUCAAUUCAAGAAUUCAGGAUUCUCACAAAAUCACCAUUUUUGCUUUCAGUGAUCUCCUUACCAUUUCCAGUUCUCUCUUUCCAAACCCUCCGUUCUCAUCUUCCCCUUAUUCUUGUUCUAUAACGCGCGCAAAUUUGCACGAAAGUACGCAUCAAGAAGUAAUUUGAUUCUGGUAAUGGCGGUUCCUUCAAACAGCAGAUCCCCUUCCCCACUUUCUUCAAGACCCACUGCUUCUCAUUCAAGAAAUUCAUCAGAUUCUAAUGCUGCAGCCCGGAGGAGUUUUAGUGGCAACCAUGUUGCCAGACCUUCAGUUCUGACCAAUCCCAGAAGCCUUAACCCAGUCACUCCUGCCAACAGUCCUGCAGGAUUUGGAAGAAGAAAUUCUUUCGGCUGUGAUGAGAAGGAGAAUGAGAAAGAUCAGAACUUGAAGCCAGUAAAAGUAGUGAAGUCACCGGCAAAUGGGUCCAAAAAUUUCAUGUCUCCAACUAUUUCUGCAGCUUCAAAGAUUACUCCUUCACCUAGAAAGAAGAUUUUGGUGGAGCGAAAUGACCCUCUUCGGACUUCAAUCUCGUUGUCUGAAGGGAAAGCCAUAUUCUUUUCUGGAAAUUCUUCAGAAAAUAAGGAAGAUUUGGCUGUAGAUCACCAAAAUGGUGAAGGAAAGCGUGUUGUUGUUGAAGGCCCUCAAUCUUCCAAGGCAUCAAAAAGAGUAACAUUUUUGGAAGUGCAUUCAGACAGUGAGACUGCAACAGAGGUAAAGCCAGAGACAGUAACAGUUAAUUCAAGCUCCAAGAACAUGCCUUCUUGUUUUCCUAUUUCACCUAUCAUAGCUCCUUUAGAUGCUGAUCCAUCACUUCCCCCUUAUGAUCCAAAAACAAAUUAUCUUUCUCCUAGGCCUCAGUUUCUGCAUUAUAAACCUAAUCCAAGAAUUGAAGUUCUUCUCAAUAAAGAAAAGGGGCUUGAUUUAGGUGAGGCAAAGAGGCUUGAUGAUAGCUUUUUGCUUGAGGCUUCUGAAAGCUAUUCAGACAAUGACGGAACAGAGGGCUCAUGUUCUGAAGAAUCCCAAAAGCAUUCAGAGGAUUAUUCUGUCGAGAAUGUGGUACCUGAAGCAGAGGAAGAAGGGGUUCAUGUUUAUGAGGUGUCAACCAUCGGUGACCCCAUUUCCGAAGACUCAUUCAUGGGGAUUAUUGAAGAAAAAGAGGAACCAAAAACCUCUAACGGACCCAUUUGCCAAGACAUGUGUGAAGGAAUUGCAGAAGGAGUAGAUGAAGCAAAAACCUUCAGUCCACCUGAUAGUUGUCAUAUGUCUGAUGGGAUUGUCGAUGAUACAGGGAAAGCAAGGCCUUGGUUCUUCUCAAGAUUGAAGUCUGUUUCGCUGCUGCUGGUACUACUCAUGAUUGCUUGUCUAUCAAUCUGGGGUACUGAUUCUCCUUUCAUGGAUUCAUCAUCAAUCUCAAACAUUUUGAAAUUCUCAAAGCUUACUGAACCAUCACAACUAGCUGUUUCAGCAAAAGCCAAUUUAAAUGGGCUUGGUGUGAGGUUCAAGCAGCUUUCACUUGACUCAAUUUCCCAUCUGUCCCUGCUGAUUAACAAUAUUGGUGGAGUAGAUAAUAUUGGUACCGUGAAAUUCAUGAAUCUGACUGAUCUGCAAAGUGACAUGUUGGUUUCUAGCUUUCGGGGGGACUAUGAACAGAGACAGACGUUUUUAACAGACCUUGAGCGGGAAAAUUUGGAAGAGGGGGAAGGCUCUGAAACUGAACCCUUUGAUGAACAGACUUUUGCAGAUGUGUUUUCGGAUGAUUUUUUUGAAAAAGAUUCAGAAGAAGAAAGUGAAAUGGAAAUUGAAGAAUCACCACCUGCUCCUGUACAACUAGCUGAAAUGAAUGAGCUUGAGAAGUCAGAAACUCUCUGGAACCAUGAAGCUGUUUCUUCCAAUGUUGACACUGAACUUAAAUACAAGCUAGAUUAUGAAGGUAACUCGACUCCAGUUUUGGAAACUCCUGGAGCUAAAUCUGAAUCAGAAGCAUUUCGAAAUAAUCCUGAAGCGAUUGAAAGUCUAAAUACUGAAGUUGAUAUGCCUCAUGAUUCUGGAGCCAAAGUUGAGUCUUCAUCAGCAGAUAGCGACCACGAAAGCACCUCGGAUGCUCUUUCUGCAAUUGUAGAAGAUAGAAGUUCUGAAAUGGCGAAGUUUCCCAUUCGAGGAUCAGAAAAUAAGUACAGAGUGUACUCAGUUAUGGCAAUGGCAUCACUUGUUUUGGCUCUGGUAUCAGCUGCAGCGUCUGUUUACUUGAAGCAAUGCAAUGCCAGUGAUCCAAAUCUUUUGGUUCACACUGAUGGAUUGUCCAGUGAGAAGAUCAGUCCAGUAUCAUCAGUCCCUCAGAAAAUGUUCCAAGAAAAUGCAUCCUGUCAUAAUUGGGCAACAGAGGUUGAUGUGGAAGGGGAGGAGUCUUUUCCUUCAGAAAUGAGCAGCUCUAAGAGGAGCUCAUCUUACAGCAGGAAAGACCUGAGAGGAGCAAAUGAGGUUCAUAGCCAUGAGAGAAAGCCUAGGAAGUAUUCUAAGAGAGAGUCAUUGGCUUCUUCAUCAGAAUUUUCUGAGGGUUCACCUUCAUAUGGAAGCUUCACCACCUAUGAGAGGAUUUCCAACAAGCAUGCAAAUGGAGAUGAUGAGAUCAUGACCCCGGUUCGGCGAUCAAGCAGGCUCAGAUACCAAGUCAAUUUUUCAUGACUAAUCGAAUAUGCUCAUUUGAACCACUAAUAUGGAGAAAUAGUAUUCACUUUUGACUUGGGAAUGUUGUUAAUUGUAGUUUAACAUCUUGAUUGGUGACAUUGAUGGUUGUACAAGGCUUGUUGUGCCUCAAUAUAGUGGCAUCAUUGUCUUCGAUUCUAUUUGUAAGUUUGUAACAUGCUUAGUUGCUUACUCAGUGUGCCUUUGUUUUUGUUUUGCUCCUCUGCAUUCUUCAAUAUUCAGAUUUGUUUAUCAA